AUGGGUAGAGUUAGAACCAAGACCGUCAAGCGUGCCUCAAAGGCCCUAAUCGAACGUUACUAUCCAAAGUUAACUCAAGAUUUCCAAACUAACAAGAGACUAUGUGACGAAAUUGCUACCAUCCAAUCUAAGAGAUUAAGAAAUAAGAUUGCUGGUUACACUACCCACCUAAUGAAGAGAAUUCAAAAGGGUCCAGUUAGAGGUAUCUCCUUCAAGUUGCAAGAAGAAGAAAGAGAAAGAAAGGAUCAAUACGUUCCAGCUGUCUCUGCCUUGGACUUGUCUCACUCUAAGGGUGUUCUGAACGUCGACAAACAAACUGCUGAAUUAGUUAAGUCUCUAGGUAUGAAGCUACCAUUAUCCGUCAUCAACAUCUCUGCUAACAGAGAAAGACGUUUCAACAAAAGAGCUUAA